CAUCGCGAUCGACACCACGCUAUGGCAGCUAUUGCAGAUGUUGUUUACCACCGUAAUUCUCAUCCUGUCUCGGUAUUGUGUUCCGUACGGCUGCAAUGAAGCUAGUUUUGUAAACGGGCGUUGGAUUUUGAUAGCGUGAAUAUGUGAUGUGACAUUGUAAAACUGUUUUCUUUCCCUAGCAUAUCCGGUGUGGUAGGAGUGCGCGUACUCUUAACAGGUGGAAGAUGAAUCUGCCACACUUUCGUCGAAAGAGAGUCCUUGCAUACCUGGUUGUUGCAGGCAUUCUGCUGCUCACUCUGAACUACAUCCUCAAGUCGGAAGAAGCCAAUGGUUGUGGCCGGACACCUGACACGGGCCCAUGCCUCCUGUCACUUUUUCCCAAGGUGUUAGACUCACUCACGGCCCAAGGGGUGUCGAGCUACCUGUGCUAUUAUGCCCUGUGGGGGGCACUGAAGGACCAGCAGCCAUUGCCCUGGACCAACAAAGUUGAGCUUUGUCUCCGCAACGAAGAGCUCUCUGACCUGGAUGAAGGCCAACUGCUGAAGUCGUUUCGUCGAUUCGGCGUAAACGCCUAUUACGACUCGGCAAAUGGGCUGUACAGGGCGACACUCAGAGAUGGAAGCAGUGCCUGUGAGGUGUACCUCUAUGUCUUUGAAGAAGACAAGAUCGUUCACCGAGUGCGUAGGGUAGGCUGGAAAAACAGACUGCUGCCGCCUGAUUCGUGCGACACAUUACAUUGCUUUCCAGUGUCUCUGCUGACACCUCCACUUAAGGAGACAACAUUCCUGGGAACCACGGUGAAUAUCCCACACGAUGGUAUCGAAGUGCUCAAGUACAUGUUCCCCGACUCUUGGUGGAAAGGCGAGGUGCCCCCAAAAUGUGACUAGCUGUUGCUGUGAAAUAUUAUAGAGGGCUUGCUUUCGUGAUUUUUGUUGCAUAUCACUAUGUGCAUAUUAUACUUAUAAGGGUUAAUAUGGUCUUUGAUGCAUACCCAAGGUGGUUUUGAAGUAUUUCUGUGGAAUGUCAAAACAUGGUCAUCUUAAUCAUGGGCCUACUAAAGCACGCUGCCAGCACCUUGCCUUUCAGUGCGCUACUGGGCAGGAAUAUUUUAAAUACAUCAAGUGUUUUUAUUAUUUUUUUUAAGCUGUGUUCAAAUCAAGUUAUUUUCAUUGGAAACAUGCAGAGAUGUUAAGCUAUGCCCUGUGUAGUCACAUCUCCUCAUCAUUGUCUUUCUAUGCUCCCCUUAAGGAGACCCAAUGGCUAGUAUAAACUGUUACGUACACAUCAGUUUACCAUAACAAUUGACUAGCAGCAUCUUUUUCUGCGUGUAUAAUAUAGUGUAGCAUCCUCGGGAAGAAUGUUGUCUUCGUAAUUCUCGAAUGGGUGUGACUGUGUGAUAAUAGGUGGACAUGUAGGAAAGGGUCAAUCACAUUGAUCAUUUAAGCUCCUUUGCUGUGAGGAGCAUUCUUGGACAGCUCUUGCUUUUACGUAGUUGUGACUACUUAGGAGCAUGAUGAAAGUUUCUCGUCACACAUUCACCACAACCUCAUCUAGUCACUUCAUCCUCACACGUCCCAGAAUGUUGUCUCGAUAGCUAUGAAUCACAGCCGUCGUUGUAGAUAGAAUUUUUUGUGGCUACUGUUUCAUGUCUUUCAUAGAAGUUGCUGUUAGGCCUUUGGUAGAGCUUUUGACAUAUGUAGCACAAGCUUCUGGUUAUGGCCUCCAUGUUUAAGCAACUGAUUCAUAAGAAAGGACAAUGUUUUAUGUGUUGCAAUCUAUGCUGUAGUCACUUCAGACCUGAUACCAUAGGAAUGGCUAGGUGGGUUAUUUAUUAUGGUCAAACAUUACUAAAUAUUACUCCUGUGCUGCUGAAGUUUAUCUGCAUUACAUUCUUAACUUUUUUUAUGCUCCCACCAGUCAUUUAUUAUUGCCUGUAGAUGCACUCUCUUUGGUUGUCCUGUUUUCAUUAUUUUCAGCACUGCUGUUGUGAUGCUGUUUGAGCAAUCAGGACACUGUACUUAAACACUGUAUAACUGAUUUGAGGAAAAAAGUAUUUCACUGCAGUUGUUUCUUUAGAAGAAUUCAUCAGUUGCUGCUUAUUCAUGUUAUGCAAACAAGCCUCUGGAGAAGUCAUGGAAUGGUAUCUAGAUAGUGCAGCAAAACAUGGACACGAGUGUCUGAGAGCUUUUGACGUGACUUUUAAUGUGCCUGUCGACAAUAAGCUUCGGCUUCUUGA